AUGACAUUGAGAGUGGCUGACCAUUUCUGGGAAGAUUCAGCCACCCACUUCUACAGAGACCUGGAGCCCUUUGCAGACAGCCACUUUACAGAGCUGCAGAAUGUGCAGUCACCACAGCUGCAACACCUGUACCGACACAUGGAGAUACAACAACUGCACAACCUGGAGACACUGCCUGUCACCGGCAACCGCAUUAAUACAGCCGCCCAUUACAGCAAGACACAGACGGCAGCAACCGCCAGCUUCACCACUCCCCAGGUGCCCUACAUACCACAUUGGUACCAACAGUACACGCAGUUGGCCGAGCGCAGCUCUGAUGAGGAGGAUCUGGAGAGGCACAGCCCACCACUGGAAGUGUCCGACGGAGAGACAGAAACCACUGAACCUGCUGCUCAGAUGGCUGGGGCAGAAUCAGGGAACAAGAAGAAGAUUCGACUCUAUCAGUUCCUCCUGGAUCUCCUCCGGAGCGGUGAUAUGAAGGAGAGUAUCUGGUGGGUGGACAAGGACAAAGGCACCUUUCAGUUCUCCUCCAAGCACAAGGAGGUGCUGGCCCAUCGCUGGGGGGUGCAGAAGGGCAACCGGAAAAAAAUGACCUACCAGAAAAUGGCCCGAGCUCUUCGCAAUUAUGGCAAGACGGGUGAGGUGAGGAAGAUCAAGAAGAAGCUGACCUAUCAGUUCAGUGGUGAGGUGAUGGGGAGAGGAGAGUGGAAGCAUUACACUCAUUGAACCCAGCACCCAUCCGACAACCAUUCUCCUUCCUGCUUCCCCUCAUCAACGCUUGUCUUCCUGGGGAGCUCACUGGGCAGAGUCACAAGCUGGGUGAGGGAAGUACCAGAGCAAAAACUCAUCAGUCCAUCAUGGUUCCUCCUCUGCCUCCACCUCCAUCUCUCCUCCCUCACCUAUCACUUCCUCAUCCUCAACAAUUCCCUGCCUGCCUCUCCAUACCUGUCCUCACCCACUCUUCACCAAAUCCCCUCCAAUACAUGCACCUUGAUUCCCUGCUCCUUUCCAUCCGAAAUGCCUCCACUUCCUACCCUGCCCUCUUCUCUCUUCUACCCCUAUUCCAGCCUCCUGAGAUACCCUCCUUCCCCCAUUUCCCAUCAUCCUCGUGUGUCUCCACCUCCCUCACCACCACCACCCUUCCACAGCAUUACAGUUGUGGCGAGCCAUGGUGACCUGACACACUGACCAUCUCCUCCUGCCAAAUCUUGUGUUGCAUAGUGUGUGGUCGUCCAUGGGCUUGUGUCUGGUUAGGGUACAGGCUCAGGCAGGAUGGUGUGUGGCUGUGCAGGGGGUUAUGGGUGGGCUGUGUAAGUGUCUGAGGUUGUGAAUUGUGCUCUGUAUGGGGUUAAGGGUGGGUAUUGUGUGAGGGCGUGAUGUGUGUGAGGGUUUGGUGUGAGUGAGGGUUUGGUGUGAGUGAGGGUUUUGUGUGAGUAUGUUGUGUGUGUGUGUGUGUGUGUGUGAGGGUUUGGCGUAGGUGAGGUACAAGUGUACCUGGAGUGUGAGUAUUAGAGUGGGUAUGUGGGUGAGUGUGAGUAUUAGGGUAG